AUGCCGGGAUACACGACUCUCUACUCCAGAACCCCUCGCUCUUUCCUUUUCGCCGUGGUGGCCAAUGUCGGUCCCGGCGGCACCAGCCGCUGCCUGGCCGUGGCCUACCGCCAACACCACGACGAAUAUAACUCACAGAUAUCCUGGGAUCGAGUGCAAUGUAUGGUGACCGACACUCUUGCGCUGACCGAAGUCCUCUCGGAUCCCACGAACCGUGCGCCGCUGGAGGCUGAGAGGGCGCUCGCGGAGGACUGGUAUCGUCGGUCUCAGGGCCGGGAGCCUCCGAUUCAUGAGCGGCCCAGCGUACCCGACACCGUGCAACCCCCGUUCGUGCCCUGGUACAAGCGGCGUGAGCCAGGGCAACAACAGCCCCCGCUGCCGUGGCGGGAUGAUGCGCCUAGCAAGUUUCCCUUCACUGCGACGUGUGUUUUGCUGGCGUUGUUGCGCGAUACUCGCGACAACCGCACCCGCCCCAGCGACGUUCAGUUUCAGCCACUAUCGACGCUGUUCCGGGCCGACUGCAUUGAGUAUGGCCUGGUUAUUCUCGACAUCUCUGACCUCGACAGCGGCGUCAAGUACGGCAUCGUUGCGUUCCCCAUGAACUACAUGGCUGAGGUUGAAUACGGCGGCGAGAUGAUCGGCUGGGAUCCCGUCGAAGACCCCCGAACCGGAAAAGGAGCCCGAUGUUGUACUCGCAGACCCGCGGCCUCGAGAGCUGUUGUCAAUCUCGCAGUGGGUAUCGAAGCAUUACUACUGGUCGGGCCUGGAGAAGGCGUCUUGCAUCCUCAAACUAGAGGAGAGGCCGCUGGCUGA